AUGAGCACUUUUAAUUAAUUUAUUUAAAAUGAUGAUACUUACACAGAUCUUUACACUCCCUUGCUUUAUUUAGAGAAGGGAAUGAAAAGAGGUAAGGAGUAAUUUAGAGAUUUUAACAGAGCCAUAAAGUAAACCUCAAGGAAGGCUAAUGAAUUAGGUUAAAAGGUGUAAAGUUAAACUGAGAUUAUAAAGCAAGCCAUGAACAAGUUUGUUGGUGAUAUGAAUACAAUAAAUUCAAUAGGAAAAACAAUUAAUCAAAAACUAGGUGAAUUACAGAGUAAAGUUUCUGGCUCAAAAAAAUUAGAAAGUACAUAAUUGUCAAAAAAUCAGUCAAGUUAACCCUCAAAUUAAUAAAAUAAUGAUAAUGAAGAUGCUAAAGAUAAAAAAUCAGAUGAAAAUGAUGAUCUUAAGCAACUAAAUUUAAAAUAAACAUACUCCUCACCUAAUCCUCAAAAUUAAAUAUCUUUGAAAAUAAAAUGA